AUGGACUCCUUCGCUGCUCCCCAGGCCCGUGCCUGCUUCACUUGCGGCCAGACCACUCACCAGGCCCGUGACUGCCCCAACAAGGGCGCUGCCAAGUGCUACAACUGCGGCAACGAGGGUCACAUGAGCCGUGACUGCCCCGAGGGCCCCAAGGACAACGCCCGCACCUGCUACCGUUGCGGCCAGACCGGCCACAUCAGCCGUGACUGCUCCCAGUCCGGUGGCCAGGGUGGCCAGUCCUCCGGCGCUGAGUGCUACAAGUGCGGCGAGGUCGGCCACAUUGCCCGCAACUGCUCCAAGGGCGGUGCUGCUUAUGGCGGCGGCUUCCAGAACUCCGGCUACGGUGGUGGCUUCGGCGGCCCCGCUAAGACCUGCUACUCUUGCGGUGGCAUCGGCCACAUGUCCCGCGACUGCGUGAACGGCUCCAAGUGCUACAACUGCGGCGAGUCUGGCCACUUCUCUCGCGACUGCCCCAAGGACUCCGGCUCCGGCGAGAAGAUCUGCUACAAGUGCCAGCAGCCUGGCCACGUCCAGUCCCAGUGCCCCAGCGCUUAA